UCAUGGCAGCCUUGUGACUGGCAAAGUGACAGUUGGACCCUACCAAUACUGGUCAUUUCAGAGCGGUUGAGCUUCUUAUGAGAGACUCAGUGCUUUUCUUUGCUCGUGCGAUUUGAGAGAGAUUUCGGUGCGAUUUGGAUUUUCGGAGAGUUCGAGAGCGCUUUUUUGGGAUCCCCCAACAAAAGCAUUUUUUUCUGCAGGUAUUCCAGGUGGAGGAAAGUGCUUUUAAGCAUAUUCUCCACCCCAAACAUGGAGUCUGUCUCCAAGAAGAGAAGAAGACAACAAGAAACAACUACAGAAGAAGAGAUGAAGAGGAAGAAGAUGAAACUUCUGGACAGCCAGGAAAGAACAGAAGAAAGAAGAAGCCAGGAGAGACAGCCCAUUCAAGCUGAGCGUCUACCGGAACACAUUAUUACCAACUAUGAGUUCCACUCGAUUCUUGGCCGAGGCACAUUUGGCAAGGUGUUUUUGGCUUCCAUCCCCACGAAGAAAGAACACGUGGCUGUAAAAGUCAUCAGGAAGACACCUAAGGACGAGGAGAAGAAAACGAUAGAGAAGGAGGCCAGAAUCCUGAAGGUUGCUUGCGGCAGUCCAUUCUUGUGCCGUGGCCUUGCAGCCUUUCAGACCAAAGUAAGUUACUUCCAAUGCUGCCAUACCGUUUGGUUUACUAGUUGCCUAUCCCCAAAGCUCAGCUAAAUGCCAUGAUAUGAGCAACAAAAGCCAUGUAAGAGUAUUACACAACAUACUUGUUCUUUCUGUAUCUAGUUUUGCUGAGGGACAUGCCUGUAUUACAUGCAAUAGUUUGGGGUUUCUUGUUCCUGUGUUUCACUCUCUUCCCUUUUGUCUCUGCACUCAGCAAUAUGCCUUUCUGGUCAUGGAGUAUGCGGGCGGAGGCAGCCUCAGCAAUCUGCUGGGCAUCAAGCACCAUCUGAAAAAAAGACAUGUCAUCUUUUACUCUGCAGAACUAAUUUGUGGUGUUCAGUAUCUCCAUUCUCUAGGUAUCAUCCAUCGAGAUCUUAAGCCAGACAACAUCCUGCUUACCAGCGAUGGACACAUGAAAAUCGCUGAUUUUGGCAUCGCAGCAGAAGGCGUUUUUGGCCACAAGACCAUCCGUGGGAAAACUGGAACAUGCUGGUACAUGGCCCCAGAGCUGCUAGGUAACAAGAAGUACAACGCGGCAGUAGACUGGUGGUCAUUAGGGAUAAUAGUGAGCGAAAUGGCCACAGGAAAAUCCCCUUUUCAUGACGACUACCACCAACAGGAUGUGAGAAGUUCCAUCCUCACUGAGAAGCCGGUGUUUCCUGAGGGGAUGAGCACAACAUUGCAAGAUCUCCUGCAGAAGCUCCUGAAGAAAAGACCACACAAACGUCUUGGGAUGAAUGGAAAUAUAAGGGAACACCAACUGUAUAGGAAAAUUAAUUGGGAGGACGUGGAAAGGCAAAGGAUUUCACCACCAAUUAGAUUUGAAGAUGAUCACAAUGAAUUUAUAAGUGCCGACCUACCAUUCCUGAAUGGCAACACCGCUUUGGAUUCAGAUGACUGCAUUCUCGAAUGCUUUACAUAUCUGAAUCCCAGCUGGCAGGAGUGAGCAAUUUUGUGCUGCUGCCAUUGACACCCUACGUCAACUUGUUUAGGUGGCCAUUCCUUUAACAUUUCUACCCGGUACCUGUAAGUCAUGCAUCAAAUGGACUAGCUGCUUAUAUAUCUGCCCAUGCCACCUUUUUUUAUUGUCCAGCUGUCCAUCACAAAUCUAACACCACCUACUGCCUAGUCUCCCAAAUGAAUAUUGACAUCUGUUCCAACUGCCUGGGCCACUGUCAUCUGGCCCUUACUAACACCUAUUCCACUUGUGUCUACAAUCUCCUCCUACCUGUUCCAUCUAGCAAUAUCACUGCCUGUUUCAUCAGACUCUACCUGCUCCACUUGGCUCUACAAUCACUGGCCUUACCACCACAGAUAGCACCACCUAAGUAUUUUAACAAAGUACUACUUUUGCUGUUGCAAUUUAAAAAUUUGUAAAUUUGUCCCUACUUCUGGCGAGGGGCCAUGUCCUUGGUAAGCUUACGGGAUCGGGGCAAUUUUAAGUGGUUUGCAUAAGAAUCCAUCUAAAUGGGGUGGAUCAGGUUCUCCACACUUUUUCCCCAAACCUAACUGCAUAUGGGGAGGUAGGGAAAGGGAGUCAAGUACCUAAAACUCUUCACACUUAUGCAAACCUUUAUUGUAAAAUUACCCCUUAUACCGUUGAGCACAGGGCAGGGAAUGGGUGGGCCAAGGACAUGGCCUCUCAAGUAGAAUUGGGUUUGUAAAAAGUUUUCAAAUAUUAUCACAAACAGUACAACUAUAAGUAACCCAUUGUAGAGGAAUCAAAAGGUCCUCAAGCAUUGGUUUAUUUAUAUUUAUAGAUUAAUAAUUGAUCAAAGUUCUUAGGUGCGGGUGGGUAGAUGCCUGGGCAAAUGGAGCAAGCAGAGAUGUGGGAAGUGGCAGGUAGCAGGCCAGAUGUUGAAAGCCACCAUAAUGCAGCUGGAGCUGCUGUUGUUAUUGUAUUCCUGUGCCACACCAUUUGUUGUGCUACCACCACCAAUUCAUCUGGCCAUACCACCUCCUGCUUUAUCUGGAACGGGGUCUGUUUUUACCUGAAUCAUACCACCCACUCCAUCAAUCCGCACUAACACCUGCUUUAGGUUCCUGCUUCAUGUGGGUGUAUUAACACUUGCUCUAUUGUGCCUUAUUACAAAUGCUGUUAAUAUUUACAACUACCUAUUUUUACAGCUCUACCAACAUCUAUUACAGCUGCUUUAACACUGGCUACCUAAUACUUUUGGCCAAACCAAUGCCUAUUUUAUCUCUGUAAACCACUGCCUUAGCCAUAGACAAUACAUCUAAACAGACACUGAAAUAACAUCUAUUAAACAGUGAGUAAGGAGAUCUGCCUCUUGGCUA